AUGGCUGAGAGGGAUGGAAAUCCAGCCCACACCAUUGUCAUCCUCGACACGUUAAAUCUGCCCUUCUGUGCUGUCAAAUUGAUUUUACUCCUGUUCUUAGAACUAAUGAGGAAAUAUCAACUAAGAGCAAUGAUGUACCGGCCUAGAAAAAUUCCUUUGAGAACAACCAUGCAUUUUCAUGUAGAUGCUCUUGAACCUGAAGAACUUGCAUGUUUGGAGAAAACCAAGGACAAAGACAGGAAGAUAGAAAGUUUGGAGAAAAUUUGCCUUGGAGCCGUGAAUUCUUGUUACUCAGGACUUAGAGAAGCUGAAGGAAGAAAUCCAGGGAACCAGGGGCUGCAGGACUUGGCUCAGCUCCAGGCCAACAAGGUGAGCAACAGAACAAAGAAGCCGAAAGAGGAGGUCAGCGAGCCUCCCUUGGACACUGUCCACCCGCCCAAGCCCGAGCCCUCUGGGGGGGGUAACAGUCCAGCUGCCAGGGACGGUGGCCACGGCCGCGGUGAAUCCCCACCACCGCCCUUUCGUCCUCUCCGGUGGUCUCCCCCCUUUGUCUGGCCCCCGCCUCCGGCUUGGCUCGCACCUCAGCUCCUGCCUCGUUCUAAGGACCAUUUAGCAUCUGCUCCUCUGAUGAUGCUUCUGUGUUCUCUCGUGGAUCCAGCUUUGCCCCGCACAGCACAGCUGUGUCUGAGAGCUGAGUGGGCUUCCCAGGAGGCAAAGGCCACAGUGAACUGGCUGCCCCUCGGUCUUCCCAGCUUCUCUCUGCCCACGUGCUCACACUCCCGGCCCAGACGGAGGAAGACAGCCAGACCAGAUUUGCUGGCGUGCUCGAGUUGGUCUGGCGGAGGAUGGACCCUCCGUGGGGACGGGAGGUGA